AUGCGUCUGGCUAGCAAUGCUUGCCAUGAUCACUACACCAUGUACCUUGGGCUGGACGAUCGGUCGACAACAAUUCUUCCUGCCCUCGAGCACUCGAUAAGCAGUCCUAAUGACAAUGCGUUGUCGAGUGUUCUGAAUAACAAAUCUCACACGCGAUCUACCGGGAAGGAUAAGACAAGAUUGGCCGGACCAGUCUACUUACAAGUACUUGACGACAAAAGCACGAUACCCGAGUACGGACAGCCAGACACAAGACAAGCUAUGGCGAGAGUCAUCCCGAGCAACACGUUCUCUGGCAUCUUCCCUGCCAUACCGGAGCUCAGACAGCAGGAUCCAUACGUGAUGAGCGGCAGACGUGGGAGCGGCAUCAGCGCCAUACCACCACAACCGACAACAGCAGACUUCAUUGGCGACAGACGAGCAAAACCAACGCCGCUUCCUCCCACUCAAAAAGCGGCCAAAGCCGCCGGACUCAAGGGCAAGCUUCAGCGUAUCAAGCGUGCUCUCUUCCACACCAAGAGCACCUCAAAGCCUCGACCCCAAAGCACUUUCCGCACUCCCAGCGAGAUGGCACCACGAUCUACACCUGUCGUUAAGCCCACGGCUCCCCCUAACCCAGCCAAACCAACAAAACGCUCCCCACAUCACCCACAACGCCACCCCUCCAAAUCAGGAACAAUAAUGACAUCCCGCUCCCACGGCGCUCCAAUCCCCAUCUCGCGCGUCUCGUUCGUGGCACCAGGCAGGAACCUCGGCCUCUUCCCAGGUAGUAUCGAGAAGCCAGCCGUGAGUAUCAUGACGACCUCUCCAAGCGGCAGACGCAUGACGAUCCAUGUGCCCGAGCCGAGCACUUCUUCUACACCACCGCGAGUCCCGCCGAAGGAGCGGAAGACGGCUACGCUAAGGCAUCCGGUUGUUUCGGGCUUGGUGCCGGAUUUGCCUACGCCAGGUAGUUUUGGUAGUACGUCUACUGGUAGUUCGGCUAAGAGUCUUGGGAGACGUUCUUCUGUUGGCACGGACGAUGAUACUCGCUCUGCGCUCAACUUUGAGGGGAAGGUCGAGAAUCCGGUUGAUCCGAGGAAGAUUUUUCGGGAGUCGAGGCGGUAUACGCAGCUUACUGAGGUUGGUUCGGGUCUCACGAACUUCCUGCACCAGUUUGAUGGCGCGGCGAGGUUCCAUACUGCUUCAUUCGUGCCUGAUCGCUCUGCAGAGACAUUAGCUCGUCCUGGUACUGCGGAUUCCGAGGUCCAGAGGAAGCAGAAUCGUAAUGCUGCGCUCGCGGCACUUGGUGGUGCUAGUCUGCACUCUGAUGGGGCUGAGGCGAAUGCGAAGUGGGAGUCUAUUGCGGCGUGGCGACGACAGCACCCGGAGAGCUUGCUUCCUGGUCGUGUGCUUGCACAGCGUACGCCUUCUGUGAGGGAGCGAGAUGAAAUCAGCAAAAGGCGCAAGUCGUCGGCUGGUGGGCUGUACAUUGCCUAUACGGCACCGCUUGAUCCCUUCGGUGAGGAGCCUGCUGCUGUGCGUCCAGCGAGGGCAUUCUCUCAAGAUUGGUCAUUCUCCUCUAUCUCGCGCUCAAGCACGCCGAGUAGCUUUGCUGACAUGCCGUCGCAUCGACGCCACUACAGCGCUGUUGAGUCGGUCCAUUCAGAGGCGAGUCUGGAUCUCCCCAUUCAGUCUAAUCGCACACCAUCACCAGAUGCUGCGCAGCACAGAGAUCUAUACAACCGUGUCGAGUCUGGCGUCUUCGAUGACGACUGGAGGCGGAAUAUCCGGUCGAUGCAUGCGGACAUCGAGUAUGCCACGCCUUCAGCCACAGCAACACCAUCGUACUUCUCGCGCGAUACGCCAAGGAACUCUGCCCCGAUUCCUCCACCCAAGCCGCCGACUCCUCCGAAGCAGGUGGUGGGUGUGAGGCGUAAGCCAGUGGGCACAAGUGCCGCCCCAGCUAAGUCCACCGCACACCUCUCCGCUUACCUCUCCGACUCUACACCCACCACUUUCCCCACCAAUAAACCCCUCCCCACCCACAAUCCAAUCCCAUCACGGAAGAAACAACCCUCCCGCUACCGCACCAUUCGCCCCACGGCCCCUCCCGUCCGCCCAGAAGCAGAUAAGAACAAAACCUUACCCUUCCCUCCCGCCCCCUCAGACCCCAAACGCUACACCAACGGCAUCGUCCCAUCAAUCUCAAAUAUUAGGAUGAAUUCUGUUCGAUUCCCGAUCGUGAAGAAAAAGGCUGAGAGGGGGGAGUUUUGUGCGGAGCCGGAGUAUAAGAGGAGGAGCGUCAAUGAAGUUGAGGCUAAGUUUAGGCGGGAUGAGGAACGGAAGGGGAGGCCGGGGAGGAUGGGGAGGAAGUAG